CUCCAUCUCCCCCUCUACACCUCCAAACAAUGUCUGAACCCACCAAGCAAGAGGCCGCGGCCACCACCAAGCCCGAGGAGUCCACCGCGGCGGCCGAUUUCACCAAGUACAAGACUGCCGCCGACAUCGCGAACAACGUCACGAAGAAGCUCAUCGCGCUCGCCGUCGAGGGCGCGAAGGUCAUCGACCUCUGCGUCGAGGGCGACAAGCUGCUCGAGCAGGGCACCGGCGGGGUGUACAACAAGUCCGUCAAGGGCGUGAAGGUCAGCAAGGGCAUCGCGUUCCCGACGAGCAUCUCCGUGAACAACACCGUCGCGCACUUCUCGCCCGUCGACUCGGACCCGUCCGCGGGCCAGACGCUCGCCAAGGGCGAUGUCGUGAAGAUCCACCUCGGCGCGCACAUCGACGGCUUUGCGGCGGUCAGCGCGGAGACCGUCGUCGUCGGCGCGUCUGCGUCGGAGCCCGUUACCGGAAAGAAGGCGGAUGUGAUCCAGGCCGCAUGGCACGCGGCCGAGGUCGCUCAGCGCCUGGUCAAGGUCGGGAACAAAAACUGGCAGGUCACGGACGCGGUCGGCAAGGUCGCCGCCGCGUUCGACUGCAAGCCCGUCGAGGGCAUGCUCUCGUGCGAGCAGUCGCAGAACGUUAUCGAUGGCAAGAAGCGCAUCAUCCUCAACCCUAGCGAGGCACAAAAGAAGGAGUUCGAGACCGCGACGUUCGCAGAGAACGAGGUCUGGGGCAUCGAUAUCCUGAUUUCCUCUGGUGAGGACGGCAAGGCUCGCCUCGAGGAGUCAAGAACGUCAAUCUACCAGAAGGAGUCCACGGUCACGUACCAGCUCAAGAUGAAGACGUCGCGUGCUGUGUUCUCCGAGGUGCAGAAGAAGGCGGGCGCGUUCCCCUUCAACAUCCGUUGUCUCGAGGACGAGAAGCGUGCACGUCUGGGUCUUCAGGAGGCGGUACAGCACGGCCUCGUCAAGCCGUACGAGGUUAUCUUCACCCCCGCGAACACCUUCGUUGCUGCGUUCCACUUCACGAUCGCGCUCUUGCCCGGUGGCCCCUCGCUCAUCACCCACCCGCCCUCGUGGUUUAACCCUGAGAUCGUCAAGUCGGAGAAGCAGCUCGAGGAUGCCGAGCUGAAAGAGCUCCUGACGAAGCCUCUGCGCGAGAGCAAGAAGAACAAGAAGAAGGCCAAGACCGACGAGGCGGAGGUGAAGGCUUGAACCGCCUAGCUUAGGUCGGCGGUGAGUGUCGGCAGAAGAAGAUGUGCAGAAUUACAAUCGCGUCGUGUAGCUUGCAUGUAACAACAAUGGACUGUUCCCUAUUUUGAUGAGGGACCGCGCUCUGCGUCCUCCCCGAACUCCCCGAUCGUGCGUACGACGAGAUCGACGUUCUCGAGGAACGCGUUUGAUGUUAGGCGGGCUAGCCGAACCGUCAAUGUCGUAAACGUCGCUACUAGGGUAUUUCCCUCGACACUUAAUGUGCGCUUGACCACUUCUGGUUGUAGCUCGCGAUCGACGUCG